CGCGGGCGCGGAUGCGAUAAGAUAAAGGCACCGGCGGGGAGGGGCGGCGCGGAGCGCUGCGCACCCGCGGAGCCGGGGCGGGCGGGCGGACGGACGGAGAGAGGAACGAACGGACGGACGGACGGACAGUCAGACGGCGCAGCCCCUCCGCUCCGCCCCCGCGCAGCCUCCGCCCUCGGCCGCGCCGCUCCGCUUUACAUAACCCGCCCGGGGCCGGGGUCCGCGUUCACCCCCCGCCGCCGCGGCUCCGCUCGGCGGAAAUGCGGAGCCGCCUGCCCCGGUUUCCUGCUUGAGCCGUGCCGUGCCGUGCCGUGCCGUGCCGUGCCGUGCCGUGCCGUGCCGUGCCGUGCCGUGCCGUGCCGUAACCGAGCUGCCCGCCCCGUCCCGCCCGCCCCGUCCCGUCCGGUUCCCGGGCGCUCCGCCGCGCUCCACCAUGGGCGAGCGGCAGCCGGACGCCUUCUCCUGCAGUGCGGCCGCCUCGCUGGAGCCACGGCAAUGAAUGGGCACGCUCUGCCGGCCGGCACGCCAGUGCAUCCCCGGGGCUGGCAUGAGUUCUGCGAGCUGCACGCCAUCAGCACCGCCAAGGAGCUGGCACGGCACUACCUGCGCUUCGCCACCGAGCACCCGCACCAUGACCUCCUGGCCGCCGAGAACUUCUCGGUGCAGUUCACUGACCUCUUCCAGCAGUACUUCUGCCACGAGGUGAAGGAGGGCUUCGCCAUGAACCAGCUCCGCAUCCUGCCCGCCGGGCCAGCACGGGAUUACCGGGACACGCACCGGCGGCACAUGGACGUCUCCUUGGGCACGGUGGCCACCAAAGCCGAGACGGAGCCGGGCGCCCGCCCCGAGCAGCCCGGCCGAGCCCCCGAGGCUGCCCCGAUGGGGCUGCGCAAGUCCUGGAGCUCGGAGGAGCUGGCGGGGCCGGCGCGGCGGCCCUUCUCGCUCAGCCAGCUGCGCAGGAGCUGGCGCAGCCUCUUCCGACGCCGUUCCUCGGACACCCUCCCCGGGGACGGGGAUGGGGAGGCAGCGGCGGAGGUGGCUCUCAAGCCGGGACUGGGCAAGCGCAUCCUGCCGUGGGGGCUGUCGCGGGAGCAGCCCCCCGAGGUGCGCAAGGAGGGGCUCCUCAAGUACGGGCUGUUGGACGAGACCUCCCUGGACAGCGGGACGCGCUGGCAGCGCUGCCGCCUGGUGCUGCGGCGAGCGGGGACGCCCGACGGCGAGGAGUACGUGCUGGAGCUCUUCGACCCCCCCAAGGGCUCCAAGCCGAAGCUGCACGCCGCCUGCUCCGCCAUCCAGGAGGUGCGGAGGUGCACGCGCCUCGAGAUGCCCGAUAACCUCCACACCUUCGUCCUCAAGGUCGCCAACGCCACCGAUGUCGUGUUCGAGGCCGGGGACGAGCAGCAGCUCAGCUCCUGGACGGCCGAGAUCCGGGAGUGUGCACACAGGGGGUCUGACAUGGGCGACCCUGAGCUCCUGGCGUGCCGGCACCCCGACCCUGCGGCCACCAGCCCCGCUACCAACACCGACAACCUCAGCCAAGGGGCGACGCCAGGGGGCCCGGGGGAGGCGGCGGGACCGAAGAUGGAGCAGUUCCUCUCCUCCUGCCCCUGGUUCCACGGGCCCAUCUCCCGCGUGAAGGCGGCUCAUCUGGUGCAGCUGGGGGGGCUGGAGGGCCACGGCGUCUUCUUGGUGCGGCAGAGCGAGACACGCCGCGGCGAGUACGUGCUCACCUUCAACUUCCAGGGCAGAGCAAAGCACCUGCGGCUGGCGCUGACGGAGCGGGGCCAGUGCCGCGUCCAGCACCUCCGCUUCUCCUCCAUCGUGGAGAUGCUGCACCACUUCCAUCGCUACCCCAUCCCGCUGGAGUGCGGCACAGCCUGCGACGUCCGUCUGUCCAGCUACGUCGUUGUCCUGCCCCAGCCACAAGCUCCCGGCUCCGGCAGCACCGUCCCCCUCUCCCUGCGCGUUCCCAGCUGGAGCCCCGAAUUCAGCCUCGCCCCCGCCGGCUCCUCCUGCCCCCGCGGCCCCGACGAGACCCCCCCGGGCCCCCCGCCGGAGCAGAUCUUCCACCUGGUGCCGCCGCCGGCCGAGCUGGCGCAGAGCCUGCGCCCCAGCGGGGCAGCCACGGCCCACGGCCCCCGGCACCGCGAUUCGGACUACGAGGUGGAGGCACCGGGCCGGGGCCACGUCCGUGCCAUCGACAACCAGUACACGCCGCUCUGACGGGUGCCGGGAUGCACUUUCGGGUGGAGAAAUCCUAGAGACCUUCUGGGAACGCCAGAAAGAAUGUACUUCGUUUCUUCCUUCUGGUUAGGGAUGAUUAUUAUAUUUUUUGUAAGGAAGGGGGUAAUUUUUCACUCCAGUACGGGUGUGCUCCCUCUCUUUGGCCUGUUAAAGGGCCUUUUAUUUUUAUUUUUUGUUGUUAUUAUGAAAGCUUUCUCAUUACUGUUUACACACGCCGCUCCUGCCUGCCUCCCUGCGUCCCGAGCAUCGUGCCAUCAGGCUCGGUCUCCCGCCUGUCCCUGACACGACAGUGCCAGGAGGAGCCGGGGUCUUGCGUUACACCCCUAUAAUUGGAGAAAGGAAAGGGGAAAAAAAAAAAAAAGGGGGGGGGGGGUGGUGGGAAAAAAAGUGGAUUCUAAAUUCAUCGACCAGUUGCUGCUCCGGGCUGCGCAACCCGCUGCCGUUGCCAAACCCUCCAGCAAAGCCCGACCUGCCGGAGCUGAGCUCCCGCGUCGGGCGAAGAUGACGAUCGCGAUCAGAGCUGGGGCUUCAUUUUUUUUUUUUUUUUAAGAUAAGGCAAAAACAGGCUUUUCUUGCUCUUUUUUUUUUUUUUUUUAACCUAGCGCAGUUGCAGUUGCUCCCCGCACCAGCCAGACGAAUACUUCGCCAUUCGCCUUGCUAAUCAAGACGUGAACACUAACUGCUCCCUCAUUAAUAAAGUCACUAGCUGAGAACUAACGCAGAGACUGACAGCAGGCGGCUCCUCCUGGUGAUGAAGGUGCUUUAUCCCGGUGGCGGAGGCAUCUUAUCCCAGCGAUGGAAGCAUUUUAGGCACAAAUCUAUAUCAGUUUUUCCCCCAAGUACUUUUUUACCUCGCCAGCACAGGUGGCUGCCCCCCCACCCGCCGCUCUCGCUUGCCUCUUUUCCCGCCCCCCCCCCCCCCCAAACACUGUGUGACCAAGAGUUUGGUGGUAUUUAAAGCUCUGCAGUGGCCUUCUGCAGGCAAGGGGGUGCCGUCGGCGUAUGCUUCCCUGCCUGGAGAAGCUUUUUCCCAGCCAAAUCCCCCUCCCCGAGCCCGCCGAGGGGCUGCACCCCCGCGAUGUGCCUUAGGUGGGUCAGUACCCCAACCUCCGCUGCCGUUUCCAGGCUGUGUGCCCCCCCCCGAGCCCCGGUGCCCUUUACCUGGGGCAGCUGGGGCGGCCGCGCCGGGAGAGGAACCGCUUCUUAGAAGCUGCCGUUAUUUUAAGAAUAAGGAAGGGGCCGGAGCCGUUGCGACAGGCGGGAGGGGAUGUUCGCCCCACUCCACUUCCAGAUUUCUCAGCGCAGCCCGCAUGGCCUUCCCCGGGAUUUCGGAUGCAAAACUUGCCUUGAAACGGCCUUACAGGAAAAAAGACUUUAAUUUUUUUUUUUUUUUUUUUUUUUUUUUUUGAAGUGGAGAUGCCCUCAGGAGCUCAUUUAGGAAUGAACUGCAAAGCAAGCAAACAAAAAGCCUCGUGGGGUCGAGUUGGGGUGUUUUGCAAACAUCUAAGCCCCUCGGCAGGGCUUUGCCGGAGCCGGCGUGCGGUGAGCCCGGUUGGUUGGCAGCCGCAGCCCGAGGAGCCGAACUCUGCUCAAGGGCAGGAACCGAAGGGGACGAUCACGGCGCUGGGGCAGAAAGGGCAGACGUAGCGCAGGCAGGAGCCAGGGGCAGACAGGGCCAAAAUAACUGGGGCCAAACGCAGGCGAGGGACCGGCCGUGAGAGCAAAUCUGGUUUUGUAAGUCGUAGCCAAAGGAUGGAGAAAGCGGACACCAUCAACUAGAGAAACAACUUAGGAUUUCCAUUUUGUGCCUCCCCGUCGCUCUCUCCCAGGCUCUCUCUGUACAUUCAGAACAGGCAAGGUCUUUUUUUUCCCCCUUUCCCUUUUCCCCUUCCCUUUUCCCCCUUCAACAAGCUGAAAACGGGCGCACGGGGAGCAUUCCCAUAUCCCGGCGGGGCCCGGCGUUUCCCGGCGCUCAGCGCACACCGUCGCGCUCGCUCUUGAAAGCGGAGGGUGAAGAGCAAACGGCAGCUCCGGCGCUGCCGAAGCCAGACAGGCUGCUGGAGAAACAAAGGCAGCCCUGUCCUCGGCUGGAGCUUCUCCGCCAUAUCCACAUCCCAUUUUCCUUCCCGGACCAGCAAAAAGGCUGCACCGAAUGGCAGGAACAUAUAGCCGGGGCUGGUUUGUGGCCGGCAAGGCGCUCCCUUCGUCGCUAAUAACUAAUUGCCCCCGGUCUUGCAUUUCUAGGGAUGAAGAAGGGAAGGGGAGGAAGCGUAGCGCAAGUUGUUGGCUCCUUCAGCUGCUUGCUGCGUGGCUCCCGGGGCACGCGUGCCUCGGAAAAACCCACACGUUAAAUCUUACGAAGGUUCAAAGAGCUGGUUUUUUUUGGUUUUUUUGUUUUGUUUUUUUUUUGUCCUGCUGAGCUCCAGGCAGUCCCAUUCAAAGGGUUCUUUCCCCAAAGGACAAGGUGACCUCACCCGAAUCACCCCAGAGCGUCUGCAAGAAGGAACGGGCUGGGAAAAGGGGUUGGAAAAGGAAUCGCUAUUCAUGGCCGGCACAGCCUGUGCCAGAUAAAUCAGAUGCUGCUGCCGCCGGGAUGGGUUGUUUUGGUGCGCCGGGGCUUAUUGUUUGAGCGCCAGCAACUAAACAUGCAUGCGCAUGUGGUAUUUUUAACCUGCCGUUUUAAUUGCAAAGGGGUUUCUCCGUAGUUUAGAUGGAAAUCGCUGCGCUUGAUUAGCAGAAUAUACAUGGAGUUCAUUAUCGCCCCGUCAGCCGCUUCCCCUCUGCAAACAAAACUCCGGCGGACGCGAGCUCCCGUUCUCCCCAGCGAGCGCUGGGGAAGUGGCUCUGAUAAAUUAUUUAAUAAGAGUUAUUUCCUUCUCGGACCUCACCACCAAGGUAGCCAAGGGCCGUUUCACCACCAAGCCGCUCCCUGCCGAGGGGCUCGUUUGGUUUAAGCUAAUUUAGCCAAGCCCAGAGCUGCUGCUCUCCCUCUCCAGCCGCCCAGCUCGGUCCCCCCCACCCAACCCCAGCUGCACCAGGACCCGUGGCACGGAUUCCGGGGCUAUUUGCCCAGCUCCUGAAGGGCUGAGUUCGAAAUCCCAUUUCUCCUAGAAACCAUCUGGCUUGUGACCCAGGUGAGAGCCUGACGCGCAGCCCUUCCUCCGCUCCUGCCAGCACCCAUCAAUCCAGGUCCUCCUCUUUAUUACAGCAGCGGGAAAAGGGCAUGAAACCGUUCCAUUAUAUGGAAUAUAAGCAACCUGAAGGAAUUUUUAUAUUCUAAAUUUAGGAAAGGAGCCUAGGGCUCAGCAGGUUUAGUUCCCUGGCCCACGUGGGCUCUUAUCGGCUUUAUGAAGUAGCAGCAUUGAGUUUUGGGAGGAGGGGAAGCCAUGGGGAAAGCCCCCGCAGGGCUGCGGGUACAGCCAUCUCCUGGGCUCCCACGGAGGAGAAAGAGCCUUUUCCUGGAGCUGAAAUAAAGUGGGAUGUGACCGCUGAGGGCUCAGCUUGGUCCUGGAGAUGGACACAUGCAACACGUUUGGAGCCAAGGCGACAAAGCCAUGACCCAAGCCCAGCUCUCGGUGCCUUUGGCUGGAGCCUUUGCCCGGUGCCCGUUGGUGCCGCUCCCCGAGGGGAGGCCCAGCAGGGAGGGAAGCCCCAUUUCAGCCGGCUACUCAGGACAGUUGUUUUUGGCAAUAAAGAUGCAAAACGGGCAGUGCCUUCGCUCUCUAGGACAGCAGGGACCUGGUUUAGUCCAUAACCUGAGUCCAGCCAGAUAUGGAAACCACCCUCCCUAUCGGUGGCUUUUGUGUGUCCCUACGGAUGACAGGUUCUGAAGAAGUUCCUGACGUGAACCAGUAUUUCAUGUCUUCGUCCAUCCCUCCCUCCCUCCCGCAACCCAGCCCUGAGAUACGGCACCAGCAAUCCACAGGAGGUCACCAAACACUGACACCCCCAUUCCCUCACCGAUGGCUUUUGCGUCAAAACUAUUUUGGGGCAAAGCUUCUAAGAGGUCCAGGUCCGGGGUGAGGCCAAAGCUCCUCAUUUCUUACAGUCUCCAGCCUACAGAACACUGCUGUCAUCCAACCAACACAGUUUUACUCUAACAAGCCUACAAAGCCUUAAAAUCUUGACUAACAGGUUUGAGUACAAUAUUCCAAAUUUUAAUUUAAGCUUGUUCAAUCUGAACAGCCCCCGACCUUCACCAGCGACUACCAGAGGUGGGGGAGGCGACUGUGCAUUCUCCGCCUUUAGCAGGAUAAUUAAAGCCAACAGUUUGUUGGAUGAAAAGCAGAUUGAUCCGAGAGUUUUACUUUUCACCUGCACAAUUCUUGUAUAGUAGGUUUUUCUAUAUAUUGUUUCUGUAUGUACUGUACAAGUAACUUAUUCUUGAAUAAUGCAGUUUUGACAUAAUAUAAAAAAAAAAAAUCUGCUCUUAAUAAACUGUUUUUAGAACUUGUUUCUCA